AGCUAUCAUUCAUAAUUCACGCUCUCCUCUUCUUCCUCCUCCUCUCUGGUUAUUCGCAUCUGUGAAGUACCAUACCCCCUCUCAUUCACCCGUCGUAUCUGAUUGAAAUCGGAAACACUAGGUUUUCUUGUCGAUCGGAUCUUGUACUCGAAGUUCACGUGCUUCUGAAAUUUACCAACCUUGAUCUUCGCUGUCUCAUCUGAUCUGCCCAUCUCGCAAAAAUGCCGUCGGUGUACGGAGCUCGAAUGACAACGUUCGAAGAUGCAGAGAAGGAGAGUGAGUACGGAUAUGUUCGCAAGGUUUCAGGACCAGUCGUCGUUGCAGAUGGAAUGGCAGGGGCUGCUAUGUAUGAACUGGUUCGUGUCGGAAAUGACAACCUUAUUGGUGAAAUUAUUCGGUUGGAAGGAGAUUCUGCUACAAUCCAAGUUUAUGAAGAAACAGCUGGGUUGAUGGUGAAUGACCCUGUUCUACGAACACACAAGCCUCUAUCAGUGGAGUUGGGUCCUGGAAUAUUGGGAAAUAUCUUUGAUGGUAUUCAGAGGCCAUUGAAGACCAUUGCAAAAAUAUCUGGCGAUGUUUAUAUCCCUCGUGGUGUCUCUGUCCCAGCCCUUGACAAAGACAUACUUUGGGAGUUCCAGCCUAAAAAAAUAGGUGAGGGAGAUCUCCUGACAGGUGGAGAUUUAUAUGCUACUGUUCAUGAGAACAGCUUGAUGCAACACCAUGUUGCACUUCCUCCUGAUAAUAUGGGAAAGAUUUGCUACAUUGCUCCACCUGGUCAAUACUCGCUGAAGGACACUGUGUUAGAGCUUGAGUUUCAAGGUGUCAAAAAGAAGUUCACUAUGCUUCAGACUUGGCCAGUACGUUCACCAAGACCUGUUGCAACAAAGCUUGCUGCUGAUACUCCUCUUCUUACCGGGCAGCGUGUUCUUGAUGCCCUUUUCCCCUCAGUUCUUGGUGGGACUUGUGCCAUACCUGGAGCUUUUGGCUGUGGCAAAACAGUUAUUAGUCAAGCACUUUCCAAGUAUUCUAAUUCGGACACUGUUGUUUAUGUUGGUUGCGGGGAACGGGGAAAUGAAAUGGCGGAGGUUCUUAUGGAUUUUCCUCAAUUGACAAUGACACUACCUGAUGGCCGUGAGGAAUCUGUGAUGAAGCGCACUACACUUGUGGCAAACACUUCAAACAUGCCUGUGGCUGCUCGUGAGGCUUCAAUUUAUACAGGAAUCACUAUAGCUGAAUACUUCAGAGAUAUGGGCUACAAUGUCAGUAUGAUGGCAGAUUCAACAUCUCGCUGGGCAGAAGCAUUGCGUGAAAUAUCGGGUCGACUGGCAGAGAUGCCUGCAGAUAGUGGAUACCCUGCUUAUCUGGCAGCUCGUUUGGCCUCCUUCUACGAACGUGCUGGUAAAGUAAAAUGUCUUGGUAGCCCAGAGCGUACUGGUAGUGUCACAAUUGUUGGUGCUGUUUCUCCUCCUGGAGGAGAUUUCUCUGAUCCUGUAACAUCUGCCACCCUCAGCAUUGUCCAGGUCUUCUGGGGACUGGAUAAGAAACUUGCCCAGAGGAAACAUUUCCCCUCUGUAAAUUGGCUUAUUUCCUACUCAAAGUAUUCGACGGCAUUGGAGUCUUUCUAUGAGAGAUUUGAUCCAGAUUUUAUUAAUAUCAGGACAAAAGCUCGUGAGGUGCUGCAGAGAGAAGAUGACCUGAAUGAAAUUGUCCAGCUGGUUGGAAAGGAUGCUUUAGCUGAAACAGAUAAGAUUACCAUGGAGACUGCAAAGCUUUUGAGGGAGGAUUAUCUUGCUCAGAAUGCAUUUACUCCAUAUGAUAAAUUCUGUCCUUUCUACAAAUCUGUUUGGAUGAUGCGCAAUAUAAUCCAUUUCUACAAUUUGGCCAAUCAGGCAGUUGAGCGAGGAGCUGGUAUGGACGGCCAGAAGAUAUCUUACACCCUUAUCAAGCAUCGGUUAGGAGAUCUAUUCUACCGAUUAGUGUCUCAGAAAUUUGAGGAUCCUGCCGAAGGGGAGGAGGCUCUUGUGGCAAAAUUCCAGAAGCUUUACGACGAUCUGACAACUGGUUUCCGGACCCUCGAGGAUGAAACCCGAUGAUCAAGAUUUUGACACAUUUUCGUGGAUCCACAGAGUGGGAAGUCCUAUCUUUUGGGAAGUUGGUAAUCCUGUUUUAUUUCUUGCUGUAAGAAAAAACCAGGUGAGAUACGUUUGUAUGUGCCCCCCACAAUGCGGCGCUGGUUUGGUCUAUAUUUGAUUUGGCUUGUUUAGUUAUAUUUAUUUUUGUAUUUUAGUGUCGAAUAAUAAGAGGUCAUGUGGCUUUUGAUUCCUAUUUACAUAUAUCCUGGCAAUAAGUUAUGCGCUGCUUCAACAUUGA